AUGACACCAAACACAACAGAAUACGACGAGGAUGAUGAAUUAUACGAAGUGAUGCACCUCGUUGAGGAGCUUAGUGCCGAGCUCGCAAAAGGUCGUGAGAACAUGAGCUCACUUUUGGAAGAGCUCAAUGAUUUAAAGCUACGCUGUGCUCAAUAUACAAGUCCUUUGAUACGUGCAAACUUUAGACUUCCCAACCUUCCGUCAGAUACCGACCCUCCAAAAGUCUUCAAUACCCGCCUUACCCUCGAACAUGAAUCUUUACUAUCGGAAAAUGCAUAUCUCUCUUCUACUGUCAAAGAAUACGAGACAACUCUUCAAUACCUUAUGAGCAAAUUUCGUCUACAUUCUUAUCGCAUUCAACAGAACAAACUCGAUUUACAACGGGAACAUGAAAACCUCAUCUUGGCUGAACGUGUUAAACGUGAUCAAUUGGAGAAGGAAAAUGCGCUAUUACAAGCAAAGAUAGUCAGCGUUGCCGAGAUUUUGAGAAAAGCAGUUGGUUAUCAAAAUGACCCGGAAACAAUUGCACUCGUGAAAAGCUUGUUGAUCGAGAAUGAGGUAUUGAGAGAAUUGACUAAUGUUGCGAGAAUGGAAGUCAGAGAGAAGGAUGCGAGCAGAGACGAGAAACAGAAGAUGGAGCAAGGGAAUGAGCAACGAAACGAGCAGGAGAGCGAGAAGAAUCAUGAAUUACUGUUUCCUAAUCCACCGAGCGACUGA